UUUUGUGCUUAUAAGGCGGUCGAAUGUGCUGCAAUCAGCUUGUCCCAUAUUUCUGCGGAUUUUGCCCAUUUUUGACUUCUCUCCAUUUUUCACUCUUUGCUAUAUUUUCUAAACUUCCAAGAUUCUAAACUUUUUCUUAAUUUUUAGGGUAAGCGCCGGUCAGACUCGAUAACCCAUCUUAAUUUAUUAUUUUCGCUAAUUUUGCCCACCUUUAGGUUGUUGAAUCCCUUAGAAAGACUCAAAAAUUUGAUUUCAAAAACAUUAAUGGUUUGGAAUUGUCUGACCCAAAAGAACUUUUUGUUCAGCUAUAUCGUGUUGUAAUGUCUGGAAUAACUGGAGCAAGAAAAAAGAUUACUCCUCGAGAAGCUCAAAAUCUUUUAAAUGAUUAUUUUACAAGUAAUGAAACCAAAAGAAGGAAAGCAAUUGUUGUUCUUAUUGAUGAGGUAGACAUGCUGCAUACAAAACGUGAAGACGUAAUUUAUGCAAUAUUCAAUUGGGCAGCCGAAAAACAAUCAAGAUUUUGUGUGAUUGCAAUUUCAAAUACUCUUGACCUUGCAGAAAGACAAUUUUCACAAAGAAUCGUCAGUCGAAUGGUAGCCUCCGUUUCUGGUGACUUGAGGAAAGCUUUUGAUUUGGUUCGACGUGCAAUUGAUUUGGCAUUGGAAGAAUGUGAAAGACAAAAUAAAAGUAAAAGUGAAGCAGAACUUUUGACUACUCAUGUACUUGAAGCAAUAAAAGAAUCAAUCGCCUCAAUUCGAAUGCAAUUUUUCUAUUCACUUUCAAAGCACGAAUAUUUAAUUUUUAAAGCAUUAAUUAAUGAAUUGGUUGCAACAGCUUUAGAUGAUGUCGAUUUUUCUUUUGUUUUUAUGAGAUAUAAAAAGUUGUGUACUUCUGAACAUUUAAUGCCUUUACCUUUAGAAGCAGCAUUUUAUCACAUUCAGGAAAUGGCUACUUUCCAAUUUGUUGUAAUCUCUUCAAAAAAUAUUAAACUCCAUUGCCGAAUUAAACUUGGAUUUCCUUUGAGUGAAGCAGAAUUUUGUUUGAGGCAAAUGGAUAAUUUAACAAAGAAGGCUAUUUAA